AUUGGCAAGAGGCUGUGGAACAAUCUCUCCUAGGUAAAUGUGUAACAUCAUUAUGCCGGUGUCCUGAUGGCAAGGUUGUUGUCUUGGGACUUGAAGACAGUACAGUUUUACUGCAUGAUGUCGAAAAUGGAAAACUCUUGAGAAGCUUGAAGUAUGGCAGUUGGGGUGUGUCUCAGCUGGGAGGAGGAUGCCCAAGUGAAUGGAGUAUGGCAUCUUUCAACUUAAAAGUUGAUCGCACUACUCAAUUCUUCCCUCCAGCUCUAGGAGUUCCUCAAAUGCCUGGACUAGUACCCGGAGAUGCUGGUUUAACUGACAAGGUUCAAGAUUCAUUUGUAGAGCUCUCAAAUUCUUCAAAGCAAUGUUUGCAUAGCCUUUGCAAUGGAGAUAUAGAUGUGGUUUUGCACUUUAGUAUAUUUGGUGUCUUCCCAAUCGAAUAUAUUGUCAAUGUCUUGUCUGUUCAAAUCAAAUAUUUAGCUAUAAGGUAUGUCAUAUUCAGUAAAUGAGUCCUUUCCUUGUUCUUGCUUCUCAUAUAGCAGUUUUUCUUAUUAAAGGGAUUUGAUGGUAGACUGAUAGCAAAUCAUUAUUGCUUGGGAAGUAAUGGGCUGGUUAAGUAAACAAUUAUUCCUUGGCGAGGUUAUGCUUGUAAAAGUUCUAGAUGUUUAUGCCAUUUCUUAGGCUAGAUUUCAA